AUGACCACCAGUUUUGCCAGCGCAUCGCGGAAGACUCAGUUCAGCACAUCAUCAGGCUCCCAUUCCACCUCGCCCCCGAGCCUUACCAACACAAGCAGUCCUUCCUCGAGCGACUCCACGGGCGAAGACGAGGCUUCGGCCACGGCCACGAGCCGGGCUCGUCUCGGUGCCUCUCACCACAGCAAAGUAGACACCUCUGCUAUCUCGGACUCGCAAUCCACCGGAGCAACCGUCUGGGGCGAGUAUCCAGAGUCGCUCCCCAACAGCUUCACCGUCCAUUCCGAGCAACACCUCAAACCAGGUUUCCACGACAUGACCUUUGCCGGCUGGAAUGGCAACUUUGCCAACCUGGGCUCGCAGAACGAAGCGGAUCUUUCGAUGGACAUGGACUCUGCCUCAGGCACCGACCAUGGUUUUUCACCCACUUCGAUUCACUCGCCCGCAUCGUCCCACAACGCCAUGCCCAGCUUCUCGAGUGCAUCACAGACCAUCGUCGGCGACAGUCCCGGUAGCUCCGACACCAAGACGGGCUCAGCCCCGCAUGACACUGCAACACCUGGCACCAUGAGCUUUGCUGGUAGCGGCGAGGACUCGGACGGUCAUGUGGCAUGGACAGCAAAGGCGGGAGACAACGACGAAGCCAUGUUCGACUCCUUUGUUCAAGCUGGCUCGUUCGGCUCGCCUGCUGUCAAGUCCGAACCGUUCCCUGUCAACAUCGCCCACAACAACAAUGCCUUCGCAGCUAUGAACAUCCCCGCUGCUUCGUCUUCCGCCAUGAUGCCGCCUUCAGCACCCACCAAACCCAGCGCGACGCGAACACCAAAGGCAAACGGCAUCGCCAACGGCAAUGCGAGCGCUUCUUCGUCUCGACGCAAUUCGGGCGAGUCAUCCGAGCCCAAGAAGCAACCCGGCUCUUCUUCAACAGCAGCAACGCGACGCACGGGCUCGCAGACGGCUGUGCACAGCAACAACCUCGAUGCGGAUCUGGGAUACUCAGCCUUUGAAGUCGUUCGCCCCAAUCGCGAAGGUCUCAAGGACCUCCAGGUUCACAUCAACGGAGUGCCCAUGCAUGGGGCCAAGUCGCGCGUCGAGACGCAGAUUCGAAUGAGGAUCGAGUUGGUCCGGCCCAAGACCACCCCUGCUGGCGGGUGGGAACGCAUCGGCUCGUUUACCCACAUCAAGCUUCCACCUCUCAGCGGCACAAAGCGCAAGUCGAAAAAGUACCAAAAGACAGAUGUGCCUCCGGAGAAGACGCUCUUUGUCGACGCGACUGUCGUCAAUGCAACGCCGCCCCACGACCGCGUCCACGUCUGCAAAGGCUGUCGUCAGAGGGAGCGCAAGCGCGCGCACCGAAAGAAGGAUCCCAAAACGCCUUCCGAAAGCCAGCCUUCCGAAGAAGAGAUGAGGACUCUGGGUAUCGACCCUUCCGCCCCCGACGCUGUCGCCAGGACGCAGGCUCGAAUGGAGGAAGAGGAGAAGAAGCGAGUUGUGCUCUUCAAUUGUGGUGACUACGUCGAUUUCGAAGAGGGCGAGGCUGUCCUCCCGACUCGCAUCACGUGCUACUGCCGACAUCACAAGGAGAAGACCGGCUUUUGCGUCAUCUUCACCAUGCGAGAUUGGCAGGGGCGCUUGAUUGCCACCGGCUCGACUCCUCCCAUCAUGAUCACAGAUGAUCACAAGUCGAUGGGCCAAGCGGCUCAAGCAGCUGCCGCUGCGGGGGCGGCCUCCAACGCAGCAUCGCCUUCAGCACCCGCUUCGCUCGGCAUCAUCAAGCAAGUCAACGGCAGCAGCGCACGAAGCCCUUCGUUGCUGCAGUCUCAGCAGCAGUAUGAUGAUUCGAUCAGUGCAGCCACUUCGGCAAGCGGCAGCGCCACUCCCAACGGCAGCUUCAGCGCAGAUGCACCAGCCAAACAGAGGAAGGAAAGGUCCAAGCCGUACGAUGGCAACCGACGUCGUCGCAACACCUCGGGCAAGGACCUCAACAUGACGCCAUACUCGGGAACGGGUCAGAACACGCCUUCUGUGAACGCCACCUCCCCUGCACCUGCCGGCAACGGCGUCGACUUCAGCUCGACCGACUUCUGGAAUGCAUUUGCUACUGCAGGCACAGCCAUGACAGAUUUGGGCCGCAGCAACAGCACCAGCACAGGCACCAAGACACCCGGCGAUGCUUCGAGCGUCGGUGGCGGCUCUCCGCAACCAGCAGGUAUGGUCGGGGCUGGGACGAUGCAGCCCAUGCAGCAGCCGAUGCAAAUCUCACCCAUGCCACCUCAGUUGCAAGCCCAGCUCGCGCAAGGCUCCCUCUCGCCUACGUCUCUGCAGACCAAUCUCGCGAGUCUGCCCAACUUUGACCUCGAGCAAUUCUUCCGCAACGCGCAAGCUGGCGUCUCGAGUGGUGUCGAUUUUGCUCAGCUCAUGGCAAUGGCCGCGGCCGCAGCACUCCCUCCUCAUCUUCGACCUCAGCCGAGCCCUGGUGCUGCUUCGACGCCCAGCUUUGCACAACUUUCUCCUUCCGGGCCGAACCCGUCCAUCGAGCAGGCUCCUUUGCCAAAGAUUUCCAAACUGAUUCCAGGCGAAGGUCCCACCAGUGGCGGUAUCGAGGUCACUGUCUUGGGAGAGAACUUCACUGAAGGUGUCACCUGCGUCUUUGGCGACGUUCCAGCCGCCAACACCAAGGUCUGGGCCAGCAACACGCUCGUCUGUCUCUUGCCACCGAGCUCCAGCCCGGGUCCGGUCGUUGUCAGCGUCAAGACUCCUGGGAUGGCAGUCCAACCGCCUCCAGUCAACGGUCCUCUGCAGCUCUUUACCUACAUCGACACCACCGAUCGUGCUCUCAUGGAGCUCGCCUUGCAGGUCGUUGGUCUGCAGAUGACCGGGCAGAUGCGUUCUGCGCGCGAAGUGGCCAUGCGCGUCGUCGGCUCGGGCGGCGGCCAGCAGCCGGGUUUGCCUCCCACCUUCACCAGUGGAGGCAGCAGCGGCGGCGGCGUCGGUCACGCAGAAGCUCGUGAUGCCGUUGCUGGGUUCUUCACUGGUCGAUCGCAGAGCUCGAGCUUCCAAGAUACCCUGGUGCAAUUCCUCUCGCUUCUCGAUACCGAUGUCAGCGACAUCGAGCACGCAGAACCCCGAGUCGAUGCAAUCCGUCUCGCCAACAAGCAAGGCCACACCCUGCUCCAUCUCGCUACGCUCAUGGGCUUCCAUCGACUCGUCGACGCGCUCAUCCGCCGAGGCUGCCCGCUGGAUGCUCGUGAUCACAACGGUGUGACUGCACUCCACUUUGCCGCCAUCCAAGGUCGGGUCACCAUUGCCCGUAUGCUCCUGAGAGCAGGUGCGCGAGACGACGUUGCCGAUGUUCACGGUCUCUACGCUAUUGACCAGGCUCGCAAUCAGGAUCAGGAGGACGUAGAGAGGAUGCUCGACAACACGGCGCGCACCGGACAUUGGCAGACUCGCCGACUCACGUCCCAUGCAGCUACGAGCCUCUUGUACGAUGACGAGGACGAGGACAUCGUUUCGGACGAGAUCGGUAGCGACGCCAGCCAGUCGGACGUCGACGACGACAACGUCAGCACCAGCUUUGACGAGUACAGCGACGACAGCUGCUCGGUGAGUGGCGACGAUGCCUAUGACCUGCCCCAUCGAGGCCAGGUCUCGGCUGCAGAUGACGACACAGAAGCUCGCGAGGCAUUGGACUCUCUGCCAACGCCCAUCAUCGACGAGAAAGCGGUCUUGAAAGCUGCCGAUGCUCGUCUCGCCGAGGAGAGCGCCAAGAAGGCCGAAGCAAAGGAGGACGACUCGAAGAAGGGAGCUGUGCUGGACGCGGGUGCCACCAAGUCCUGGCUGACCAAGGCAGGCGAUACGGGAGCCGACUGGAUGAAUCGAGCCUUCCUUCCUCAGACAGUCGCUCACAGGUUCUCUCAGCUGCACAUGCCCGCCAUGCCAGCGAUGCCUGCCAUCAGCGUCUUCCAUCUCGCGUUGCCGGCUGCUUCGGGCUUGAUGCCUUGGUCCGGUGCACAGCGGUCGGAAGAGAUGACCAACGUCAAGGAGGUCGCUGCUACCAGUCCCAAGGCCGAGCAAGGCUGGGACCAGGAUGAGCGGGGCGGGUUCCUCACUCUGUGGAAGAACAUUGUCGAGGAAGGCGCCUGGGGUCUCAAUCCGCUCUACACGCCGCCGCCCGCUUACGAGUCAGUUGCUGCAGGCGAAAGUCAAGAUCUAUUGACGCAGUCCACCAACGCGAAGGACGCAUCCUCGCCGACCGACAUUGCUGACGAAUCGAUUUCGCAGAGCAACACUCCCACUGCCGGUCCAUCCCGCAGGCCAUCGACACGCCGACGCCCAGCUCAGUCCAGCAGCGAGGUCUUUAGCACGCCUUCGAGCUCGACGUCCACUCACGCUUCGAAGGCCGUCCCUGCAUCGACGGGCCAAGCCGGAAAGGGCAAAGCGCCAGCUCACGCUCCUUCCGCAGCGGUCGCACGUCGUCGCAAAGGUCAGCUGCAUUUGCGCGACGACGCCAUGCUCGUAUGGUUCUGGAUUCCUGUGUUGCUCGUCGCCGCCAUCGUCGUUCUCUUUUCAAAGAGCUCCAGCAUCUUCAGCUACGCCGACCUCAUGAGUUACCUAGACUUGCCCGCCGUCGGACGCAUUCGAGAGGCUUGA